CAACAUCUUUGCAGGUCGUUCUUCAAUGCAGCUAUCUAAAAGCUCCACGUUGACCUACAGUAUUUCAACAAAAUUAAACAAAAUAAAAUAGUAAACAACAGUUAGAAUUUCACUGACAAAAUGGACUUACACUACAAGUUCGCAUUAAUUGUUACCUUGAGUCUUCUGAAUUGUAUUAAUACAAGCUUACUCCAGACAACUUUGGCUGGUAAAGGGAAUGGAAUAUCAGAAAAGGACGAAGAAACAAACGUAGAAGUGGUUAGCGAAGAAAAAAAGUACAAAGAAAACGGACAAGACUUGAAAGAAACGGACGAGAACAAAGAAGCCGCUCACGACAAAACAGAUAAUGAAAUUAUUCUUGAAACUAUUUAUAAACCCAAAAUAUGUAAAAACAAGACAGCCGUGGGGAAGGUAGCUGUAUUGCAUUAUACUGGGUCUAUUCAUGAUGAAAUAUUUGACAGCACAAUAGAUCCUUUAAAAAAAUACACGCCUUUCGAGUUUAUAAUAGGAACUGGGGCAGUAAUUAAGGGAUUUGAAAAAGGAAUAAAGUCAAUGUGUAAAGGUGAACAGAGAAAGAUAAUAAUCCCACCAGAAUUAGGCUACGGUGAAAAGGGAACUGGACUUAUUCCAGGAAAUGCAACCAUCACCUACGAGGUGCAACUUCUCGAUGUACGAGAUCCACCUCCGCAAGCUGACGUAUUUACGGCCAUGGACGAAGAUGGAGAUAAAAAGUUGUCACGUCACGAGGUAGGAGAGUACAUGAAAUUACAGGCCCAAAUGCAUUAUGGAGCUCCGAUGGAUGAUUAUUAUUGGAACAGUUAUCAUAAUCAAAUGGUCGAUAAUAUCUUCGCACAAGAUGAUGAUAAUGAAGAUGAUCACAUUUCACACGAUGAAUUCAGCGGGCCGAAACUGCAUCACGAGGAACUAUGACACCAUAAAGCUAAUUACCAAAAAUUUAACAUUCACACAUUUAUACAUUUCUAGAAAAAGUUAACUUAAACAGAAUAAAUCUUGAAAUUGAAAAAAAUAAAGAUAUUGUUUAGAGUCCAAA